UCUUAUUAUCGCCCUCGAUGAUAUUCACCUCAUCAUGCAGUAUUAAACAUGGAAAAACCAGAAGAACUUAGAGUGAUCCUUGAUUGUGCCGCACAGUUUGCAGGGGUUUCCAUAAAUGAUAUGAUUUAUGAAGAACCCGAUACCACCGCUGAGUUAAGGUGUAUAUUAAUAAGUUUUCGCAAGGAGGCAGUUGCAAUCCCUGCAGAUGUUGAAGAAAUGUUCAUGCAAGUGAAGGUCCCUGAGUCUGAUAGAGGAGUUUCAAGAUUUCUGUGGUGGCAGGGGGGAGACAUGUCGAGGGAACCAUCCGAGUUUCAAAUGACAUCUCAUCCAUUUGGUGCCACAUCAUCGCCGUUUUGCGCGAACUUUGCCUUAAAUAAGACGGCCCAAAUAUUGUCUGUCGGUUAUGAUGGUUAUGUUGUAGGUGAUGUCAAGAAUAAUUUCUAUGUUGAUGAUUGCUUGAUAUCCAUUCCCAAUUGUGAUCAAGCAAAGAGUUUCGUUAAGCAGAUAAGUGAAUUAUUAUGUAGAGGAAGUAUGCAAAAAAUGACCGAUCUUGAAUAUUGGUUCAAAUGUCCUACUUUAUUGCAUGGCGAAUUUUAUAUAAGAAUCACUGACUGUCCGGAACCUAUUCCUGACGAUAUUGAGUUUAGAAAAACUGCUGUGGUUAACUUGAGUAGUAUAAAGCAAAACAUGUCACCUAUUCUCUCUUAUUACUCCGAGUGGUUGAAAUUAGUCAGCGCCGUAGCCUGGCUUAGAAUGUUCAUAGAAUUUCUGAUGGUGCUUCGUUCACUGAGUCAUGAAGGAUCCGUUCAUCUAGGAUGUUUAAAGGUCAAAGAACUUGACAUCGCCAAGCGUAAAAUUUUAUUGAUGGUUCAGAAAGAAGUUUGUGGAUAAUUAUUUAAUGAAUUUAGAAACAGAAGUAAAGCAGUAAGUCAUGAUGAUCUGAAAGGCUUAUCACCGAUAAUGCUUGAUGGGUUACUCUGUGUUACAGGUCGUCUAAGCUACUCAGAAUUAUUAAACACUUUUGAACAUCCAGUAAUUUUACCCAGUCGACACUUAGUGACGGAAAUGAUAAUUAGACAUUGUCAUAAAGAACCAGCACACGUAGGAAGGUCAUUGGAAAAAGGAUAUAGAUAUGUGUUUACUUGUUUGCAAACAUGGGCAAUACAUAUUGAACUGAUGUAUAGUUUGAUUACUGGUUCAUUUAUAAUGGCCUUAUCACGUUUUAUUGGAAGAAGAAGGAAACCUCCGGAGAUUUACAGUGAUAGUGCGUCAAGCUUCAUGGGAGCAGAUUCUGAAUUAAGGAGGUUUGUGCAACAGUCGAAUCAGCAGAAGAUAAAUAUUGAAUUGUCAGCGAGGUUCUCAUCCAACAGCAUGGGUGUAAUUUGGGGAAGAGUGAUUAGGUCUAUACCAAGACUGUUAUUGUUGGUCACAAGAGAACAAGUGAAGCAGGUCUCCUUGAAUCUUUGGACUAGUCUUUGUUGUAAUUGAUGUAGUUAGGUCGAGUAGGCGUACUGUUGUAAGUCCUACUCGUUCCUAUGGUGUGAUAUGUCAUAUUAUGAACCAUGACCGUAGGCAUCAAGGUAGCUUGUGUGGUAUAAAGGGAUUUUGGUAGCCGGUGUAAGAUCCAUUUUGAAUGUGUUGUGUGUUGGUGAAAAUCCCUCCAUGUAUAUACUUGUACUUUAUUCCUACUGAUCACAUUAGUCGUACGUUGUUGUAUUUUGAUUACAUUUGAAUUGUUAAUAUUUGUAUUUUUUGUUAUAGUUUUUGUUUUUAUUACGCAUUCACUAAGUUUGUAUUUCUUCCUGAACUGCAUCUGCGUUGUUUUACUUGACACUUGUUCUUGGCGGUAGCCAUAUUGAUUUGUUCCUCCUGUUGUGUGUGAUCUAUCCGGUCAGGAUAGAAUAACGUUCAUUUGUUGUGAUUGGUAAUUUUUCCUCAUCUUCUAUCAACUUCUUUAUUUAUUGUAAUUUAGAUUUAAUUGAUUGAACAAUCAUUGGUUGAAUAGCCGGGUGAUAAUAUUUGUUUAGGUAAUGAUUUACAUUAAAUUUAUUAUGAAUUAUAGAACCGCAAUUUACCCGA